AUGUCAGAGCCCACAAGGGCCCCCAUAACCACUAAUGUCGGCUUCGAAACACAGUACACACGAAGACUGAAAGACAGGUGUAGGCCUGAUUACAAAGAGCUGAGCAAAUACGCUAAAAUUCAAUCCCCUCAGAAUAUUAGAAAGGCCAAAGUUAAGAUACUACCAGUCCUAAACGUAAGUAGAUACUCUAUACCACUUACGGGCACUAACAAUAACACCGGGGUCAAUAUACCGGUAGCUAAGGAACCGCUCGCAAAAAAAUUCGAAGAACGACCUUCAAACGACCCUGAAGUGUUAGAAACAGCAGAAAGCAACAAAGCUGUUGCUAUACAAACCGUCCCACCUCCACAAUCAAAAGAGGACCUUGAAAAAAUUCUGACGGAAGGGGACUCGGAUGACCUCGAGUUCCAUGACUCAUCCGACGCCACAAUGGACAGCCAGGAUGAAAAUACUACUAAUAAUAGUUCAAAAAACUCAAUCAUCCAAGUAGAUAAGGAGUCUAACCCCAUCCCAACUCCUUCUACAGGAGCAAAACCGAAAUUUAAAACCCUCCCCCUACCCUCAAACGUGGUUACCACACUACUUGAUUUUAGAACCAAUAAUUAUCAAAUAGAACCUAACGCAAUCACAGGGGAAGAUCUCCCUAAGGUUGACAUAUCACAAGCUAAUGACAGUGUAGAUAAUACUCAGACUCAAGGUGGACCGAGUAGCUUUAGGUCUGAGUAUGAAUAUGCACUGUCAAAUACAAACGAUAACAAUUUAAACAGAGUCGCUGAAAACAUCUUCAGAGAAGAUGCAGCGACAUCAGGUGAAGAAAACGCACGAUCACGCAGACCUAGCGUCCCGACAAAAGAAGAGAAAUUACCACAUUCUCCAAAUAGUCGCUUCGCACGCAGAAAAGAGGGAGAACCUAUUACGCCGGAGAAAAACAUGGAUGUUGAUGAACCGAUUCCCAAAGAUAACGAGACACCGUUCACUAACCCGAGAAGGUUCAGCUCGAACUUUCAAAGACUCAUCAGGGAAAAAACAAAAAAAUCUCUGACACCGACUAAAAACAGAUUCGAGCCUCUAACUGACGAGUCUGAUUCCGAUCAAAUCGAUGAUGAUGAGAUCGGAAAAAUAGUUAAAAAAAGGAAGAAAGCAGCCAGUAGUAACACCAAACCGGUAGAAAGAUCAACCAGUGUUAACUUAGACAAUAUAGAUGUCAUGGCAGCAAACACUAAUGACAAAACCAACAGGUCAAAAACCACGGAUGUAAAACAAGUUAAAACUAAAAUUACAAUGCCACCCAUAGUAAUUGAUGGGAAAACCACCAACCCAAAAAACCUUAUACAGGACAUUAAAGCCAUUGCCAAAGGUAGUUUCAGUAUAAAACAUACGAACUACACUACCGUCCUAUUUAUAGAUGAGAAGGAAGAUCAUGAGAAAGUCCUAGCUAACAUAAAACUUGACAAGAUGCCGUAUCACACCUACACAAACAAUGAAGAUAAAUCCCACGCCUUUGUCCUGAGGGGAUUGUCAGAGGGCACAAAAAUCGCAGACAUAGAACUAGAUAUGGAGGAACAGUAUGAAAUCAAAACUAGAGCUAUCUACAAAAUGAAAACGAAAGAUCGUCCUCUAUAUCUAGUUAUUACCGACCCAGCGAUUACGCUGGACUACCUGAAUAGGAAUGCUCGGCGAGUACUCUACACAAGAGUUGUGUGGGAGUUAAGAAAAUCUGCUAAACAGAUUAUACAGUGUCAUACAUGUCAAGGCUGGGGGCAUGCAACGGCAAACUGUGGACGUCCAGCCAAAUGUCUCAAAUGCGCGGGGGAUCAUCAUACCCGCACAUGUACAAAGACUCGGGAAACACCGGCUACCUGUGUAAACUGCGGGGGUGAUCACCCCGCGAAUUAUACCAAGUGUAAAGCCUAUGUGGAUAGGCUUGAAAGGCUAGAGGAAAGGAGAAAACCAGUGAAGCAGCAAACAAAAUAUGUGCCUGCUCCCCCACCUGCGGUUAACAGAUGGGAAAACAGGAGACAACCCACUAGAAACUUAGAAGAAUUCCCUGCUUUACCAAGCAGGAGCCAAAAUCCAAGCCAACCAGAGAGAAGCACAAGAAAUGAGAGGCCAAGACAGGAAAAUGAGGGUAAGAUCAUGAACGAUGUCUCGACCCUAAAUAAUGAAUUAAUAGAGUUAAAUAAAAUCAUUAACAUCGGCGAAAUGACUAGAGCCGUUAGAGAAUUAAAUGCAAAAAUGAGACAAUGUAAAACAGGACAACAACUAUUCGAAACAUACAACGAUUUCAUGACAAACAUUGACUUUAAUUUCAAUUUAAGAAACUGA